UGCAAUUGAAAUCAAAAUCGUUCUGUCAUUUGUUCCUCAAUUCUCUCUUUUGGUCGUACAGAGCUGAAUCAUUCAUGUGAGGCUGCAUUGCUUGUUAGCCACGGUAAUUACCCAAAACCCUGCGUUUACAGCUUCAACCAGUGGGUAAUUAAUCAUUAAACGAGAAAUGUUUAGCAUAUAAGUAUCCCAUCUAAUCAACGUCUAAUUUUCCCUUGAGACAAACAUUCUCAACUCUGUAACUUCAAAACAGAAGAUGGGAGAAAAUGGGGAAGCUUACCUCCUGAUGCUUUUAUGCCUUCUUCUCCAUUCCGGGCACUGUAACUCCUUCGAUGGAAUUCCAUACGACUACUCAGCAACAAUUAAGUGUAUGGCUGUUCCUGCUAGGCCUCUCUAUGGAGGAGGAAUCUUUAGUAACAGCAUGAACUGGACAUCUAGAACGAGGCAGAAUGUUCAUCUGGAGGAAGGAAACCUUUACGCAUUCUCCGCUUGGGUUCAGACGAGCAAAGGAAGUGGGAUCGUUGUGGAUGCUGUCGUCAGAACUUCUAGCGGCGAACUCCACAAUAUCGGCAAAGCCAUUGCUAGCAAUGGGUGCUGGUCAAUGCUCAAAGGUGGCUUGUCUCCAAACUCGUCAGGCCUUGCAGAGGUUUCGUUUCAGAGCAAGGAUCCAACAGCUGAAGUAUGGGUUGAGAAUGUCGCCCUGCAACAAUUCACCAUGAAGCAAUGGAGAUCGCACCAGGACCACAUCAUCGAAAAGAUCAGAAAGAGCAAGGUGAGAUUCCGCAUAGUGGACCGCAAUGGGAGCGCACCUGUGCCGAAAGCGUCCAUAACCAUCAAGCAAACAACCCCAAGCUUCCCAUUCGGAUGCGGGAUGAACCUCCACAUCCUCUCCUCCAAACCCUACCGCCACUGGUUCGCCUCGCGAUUCAAGCACACGACAUUCACAAACGCCAUGAAAUGGUACAGCACGGAGCUGGUCCAGGGGCAGGAGAACUACACCACGCCGGACGCCAUGCUUCGAUUCUGCAAGAAGCACAACAUCUCCAUCAGGGGCCACAACGUGUUCUGGGACAACCCCAAAUGCCAGCCCCAGUGGGUGAAGAACCUGACCGGGGAGGAACUCCGAGAAACCGCGGCGGAGAGGAUGAAUUCGGUGGUGUCGAGGUACAGAGGGGAGCUGAUCGCGUGGGACGUGGUGAACGAGAAUCUGCACUUCAGCUUCUUCGAGGAUCGGCUGGGGAAGAAUGCUUCGGCGGAGUUUUUCGGGAGGGCGCAUGAGAUUGAUCGGAAUGUGAGGCUGUUCAUGAACGAGUAUAAUACCGUGGAGAACAACGGCGACGACACUGCGCAUCCGGUGAAUUAUCUGCGGCGAUUUGGGGAGAUUCUGGCGUACCCGGGGAAUGAAAGGAUACCGGCGGGGAUCGGAUUGCAGAGUAGCAGUUUUGGGCAUGGGAAGCCGGAUCUGGCCUACAUGAGGUCCGGUUUGGACCUUUAUGGAUCCAUGGGUUUGCCACUGUGGCUUACUGAAGUUUCCGUGGACCAAGGCCCACAUCAGGGAGAGUACUUGGAGCAGAUUCUGAGGGAAGGUUACUCCCAUCCGGCGGUGGAAGGGAUCAUCAUGUUCGGCGGACCAGAAGAAGCUGGUUACAAAGAGCUGACCUUAGCAGACUACGAGUUCAGCAACACGGAAGCUGGGGAUGUGGUGGAUCGGCUGCUCGGAGAGUGGAAAUCUCCGAUCACUGAAGCUGAAGCAGAUGAGGAAGGGUUUUGUGAAGCUUCUCUGUUUUACGGAGAUUACGACAUAGCUGUGAGGAAGGCGGGAGCAAAUUCAGUCACCAGUUUGAUCAGUUACAAGCUGUCAUCUGCUCCAGGAGAGACGGCUGUCCAUCUUCGUGUUGGUGAUUGAUAUCCAAGUUACAGCAAUUCAUGUGUUAAUUAAGUUUAUGAUAUAUGCAUAAAGUUACAACAUUCUAUGCAUAAAAAAAGAAGUGGUAAUAGUGCCUCUGCUCAAACCGUAUUAUUUUCACAAAUUAUCAGAAGAUGAUAUCCAAGUUAUGGAAAUGCCAUGCUUGUUUAUUAUAAAUUCGUCAUUGCAUGUAUAUGAGGUAUGACUAUUUAGUAAGGUACUCAAAUGAAUAGCACUUGUUUUGAAGACUUCGGGUUAAUGACAGAAAUAUUGUUUUUUUUUUUAAUUUACCACGAAUAAGGCCAGUUAAAAACUAUUGACAAAGAUAUUGUGUUUUAGAGAUAAGAAUAGGCGGGGACACCUGAGACUCAGGCGCUGCCGCUUUAGCUUGGUUUUUGGACCGUUUUAUUUAGUUGGCAGCGGCGGCGCUCAAGACUCAGGCGGUGGCGCCCGAGACUCAGGCGUUGGCGCCCGAGACUGAAGCGAGUAGGUGGGAAAUCAAGACUCAGGUGGUGG